UUGGAAAAUUUCGGUCCAUUCACUCAAAUUCCCUAAGAGUCCCCAUAGCUUAGCUUCAACAGCAUAGAGGAAGAAGAUAAAUUCAGCUAAAUCUCCGCUAUAAACCGUUUUUCUUCCUUCACCAAUAAUUGCAAAUUCAAAUUUCAAAUCGAAAACCCCCAAACUCCCCAUUACAAAAGUCCAAUCCCUCUCUUAAUUUCUCCACAAUUCCGAUUCCAAUUUCGAAAUCCAUCUGGGGAUUCUCAGACAAAGAAGAUGAAAGCAUCUCUGAAAUUCCGUGAAGACCAGAAACCAUUAUUGAGAGCGAAAAUCCCUCUCACCAUUCUCGGCCUCCCUUUCCAAUCCGCCAUAGCCGCCGGAACCUCCAAAGAACUCACUCUCAAGCUCUCAACUCUCUUCGAAUCCGGCCCCUCCUUCAAUCUUGCAUAUCGCCCCAACGAUUCUUCAAACCCCUUCUCUGUAAUCGUCAAAACCGGAAUCGCCUCCUUCGGCUCACCGAUCUCUUCCCCUAUGCUCAUGAGCGCCGAAUUCAACUUAAUCGCCUCUGGGAACCCCACUUUCAUGCUCCACUUCAAGCCUAAACUCGGCGAUUUCUCCGUCAAGAAAUCGCAAUCCUCGUCCGUGAUGUUCCAGAAGGUUCCGAAAUCGGAGGAGGAACCUGUGGAUGUUAAAACUGCUGUUUCGAAGGCGGUUUCCGGUUUGGAGGUGGCGGUUAGUACGGCGGUUCCGAUUAUGAAAUCCGGCGCCGUGAGGUUUCGUUGGGGUCUUAGGGUUCCUGCUGCGGAGGGGAUGAAGAUGAGUGGUGGGAUUUCGUUUAGGGAGGUUCCGUUCAUGGUGAUGGAUAAGAUCGGGUUCGAACACGUGGACGGUGGGGAUAUGAGUACGAAGGAGGGUAGUUUGGGAAAUGGGGAUUUGAAUUUGGAUUCGGAUUGCUUUUCGGUGAAGCGUCAGUUUGAGGUUCUGAAGUUAGAGAAUGGGUUAUUGAAAAAAAGCAUAGACGAUCUUAGGAAGCAAAUGAAAUUGUUCUCCAAUUCCGGCCGCCGACUUAACGACAGAAAUGCGCCGGAGUUGGGUGGUUUUGAUGGGUUGCCGCCAGAUGACAAGGCGGCGGGGGUUGAGGAGCUGAGGAAACCGGCGCUGCCUAGUGCCUGAAUUCGUCGAUAAGACAAAACCGUCAGUUUAAAUGUAAAAACCGAGUUGUUUUUGUUGUGUUUUUGCUCUCUAUCAUUUGUUCAAGUUAUGUUUUAAUGCUAAAUUUAGUGAAAUUGUUUAUUAAUAGGAUAUGUUUUUUCUUGCAA